AUGGAACUAGUGGGACGCGUAGGCAAACAUCGGUGGACUAGCAUAGGAAACUUUGCUCUACAACCAUCACAUUUACGGCAUCGUGAUGAGGUAUUGGGUGCAUGUAAUCUUUUGAAACUACUUAGGCAUUGGUGGAGGCGGGUGUCACGUCGACGACAAGUGCAAGACGAAAAUGUCCGCACAGGGGUUAAACAGAGAAUGAUAGGCUGGAUGCCGACUGCCAGGCUGUGUCUUUCUUUACACAAUACAGGCUUUUGUAGCCUCCGGGAACCAAAGGGGUUCUGUUUUGGGGGGACGUAUCGCACUUUUCAUCCGCAAAGUGUCAGUCACACGGGGACUCUGCUUCGGUUUCGCACAGAGGAGUUACUUCCGUGGCUCAUUAUCUACAAACAGUUGUUUCGACGACGCCCUUCCUUGACAGCUUUUUCAAUCAAUUUUAGUCGCAGGCUUUUUGUCACUACUGUCUUCUCAGUUUUGGUUCAAUGCCUGACAAGUAUAAGCAAACCUUUUGUUUACAAUGUACGUCAAUGCUUUUCUGCCUUUCAGAUAGUUUCUAAGAUGGCGGAUCACAGUGUCAAAGAGAUCAGUGAGCGUUUUGUUCAAGACGAAGGGCAAGACGGGGACCAGUGCACAACUUCUCCCGGGGAGAGAUACUCCACAAACCCUAUGGCCCCCUUAACGGUGUGGCGAGAGGUUGAAAAGGGCGCUACCCGCGCGGAACAAGGACAGUGCGCACAUCGAAACAAGGAGGGCACGACAUGCUUUGCUACGGCAGGAAAGGGGGGUGUCUCAUCAUCAUGGUCAAAACAUUCGGAGGAAAUUCUAAUGGACACUGUGGUGGAUGCAAAUCAGCCAUUGGAAACAGUUGUUGAAGCCCCCAAUCGGGUGGAAUCAACGAGGGCUCAAGGAGACAGCAUACACUGUACGGAUGCCCAGAGUAAGUGCAGUGUGAUUCGGGAAGCGCUUCUCUCGGGAGAGCCGGUAACCAGAGCUGAAUUGGAGGAGAUCCAGAAGGAAAUAGCAAUGCAAGAACGUGUUGUUAGGGCGUUGGAUGAGGACAAUGAAAAGUUGCAUACUGAAAAGAAGGCUCUGCUGUUGAAAGUGCGUGAACUGACUAGCGCGCUUAGUGGGAGGGGGGCUCACACGCCCGUUUCAGACGGGCAGCCCAAUAGUAAGCAGACACUUCGGAGUGGUGACUUAACCACUAGGAUGGAGACGCGCCAGGGGACACAUCAUAGCACUGAUGAGUUGCUCAUGGAGACAAAUCAGCAAAGGAUGCGGGUUAGAGAACUUGAGCUAGAACUUGAGCUUCUUCGGAGGGAAAGGGGGGACCUCAACAUCCAUCGAAGUAGCGUCGACAUGAAAAGGCUUGAAGAACUCGAAUUGGAGAAUCGCAAUCUGCGUGUCGACUUAAAACGAAGAGAAACAGAGCACGAAGAGGUGGUGAAAGAAAUGGCAAGAAAGAUCGCAUGGUACGUCAACAACCAAGAAUUUAACGACUCCCAGCAACAGCUUCUCAAAGAGCAGCAGGACACCAUCCGCUGCCUGCGGGCGAAGUUGCGCGGGUCCGGGAAAGCAGAGGAUAUCAGCAAAGGUACGAAAGCAAAGGAAGACACUCGCGUGCAACACCUCACAAGGCGAAUUAUCGAGUUGGAGGAAACCCUAGGCCAAAAGCACCCCAACAGCAUAGCGCAGCUGAUCAGAAGUUGUCAGCCACCCGUUCAAGAUACCAAGAUAUUUAAGCAACUCAACCAUAGAAUAAAAGAACUCGAAGACGCACUUGUAGAAAAGGACCGCUGCGCCGAAGCGGCAGUCACUCGGCUCCGGGUCGAAGUUGACCGCAUGAGAAUGCAAUAUCAAGAAAAAAUUGAAAAGCUAGAAGAACAGCUGAAGUUUAAACUCUUACAAGCCCAGUCACGCCGGGUUCACGAUCUGGAAAAGCAAUUGACCGAAGCCAAGCAGUCCUUACGUGACAAGGAACAGGUGAACCCCCCUUCAUCUGUCGUUGGAGCCAAUAACCUUACCAGUGGCAGGUAUCCUCGAGGGAACGGGAACGAACAGUGCGUCACCCAAGGGGCAACAAAAGACACGGUGCUGUCGGAAGCGCCCGCUGCGAGUGGUCCACCAAAAGAAACUUCAAUUGCAUUGCUUAGGGAAAACGGUGCACCGGAGCCCCAAUUGUCACAGCUGGAGCGUGAACCAAAGGCGGGAAUAGCUUUGACAUCACCGUCGUAUGAUGCCUUUAUUAUCCCUCCACCGAUGCAGGUAAUAUCAACCAUGCAAGCGCAAAUCGCUAGUUUGACCUCCCAGCUGGAGGUGGCGAAGCGAUUGCUGGAGGAGAGCCAGCAGUCCCUUGGAGAGGCCCAUGCUCGCUUGGAUGAGCGACUACGUUCAGCAAGGCGAGAAUAUCAAGCGCAGCUGCAGUGCAUACAGCAAAGCUACAGGGACGACAUUGAGCACAUUAAAGACUCUCAUAAAAAAGAAUUGAUGUCAAUCACAGAGUUGAAGCAAGUGUGUGAAGGAAACUCAUGGAUAUGCAAAGACAUUUCAAGACUCCCACUCAACAGGUCGCGUAUUCAGGCGUUUCUCCAGAGUGUGUCGGAACGACUGUCUUACUUGGAGAAGCGCCAAGCUCAAAAAGAAAAGGAAGCCCUGCACAGAAUUGAAGAAAUCAGGCGGGUUGCAGACUUCGAAAUUGUGCUGACGAAACAGAAGGCAGAAAUGAUUGUCGAGGAGAAAAACCAACAAAUACAAGGGUUUAGGUUGCAGUUGGACCAUUUGCUCGAGACUCUCGCCCUUCUUUGA